AUGCUCGCCUCAAUCAUCACACCUCUUACCUUCCUCGCCCUCGUUGGCGCUACUCCAGUCCCGCAGGCUGCCCAACAACUCUCCAGGUCUAAGGGCUUCCACCUCAAGGCAGAACUCCGAGACCAGACCAAGGAUUUGGAUCCUUCCGUAGCGGGAACUUACCUCUCCGGCAUCCACGUCGGUGCUGGCCAGAACAUCGCGGUUGUAUCCGCGAGCAACCCUAGCUCUUCCACACCUUACUACAGCAACGGCACAGAAGCACAGGGCUGGGUUGAUGUUCUAAACGACUUGGGCACCGACUUCCCGUGGGGCUUCAUCGUACAGGACUCGGAAAGCACCGAUGCUACCUACCCUGGCGAGCACGACGCGAGCAUCAACGUGGGCGGCGGUAGCGACGGACUUACGAUUGAGAAGUCUGGAGACUCGGUGGCGCUCGGUGGUCUCGCACCCGGCUACUACGCUGUGUGCGACCGAUUCAUCGGCUACGUGCGCGCAAACAUUCAAGUCGUUCGGUACGUGUAUGAGGGCGAGACUCUGCCAGAGAACUGCGCCGCUGUCAACUUCGUGCCCCAAUGCGCAACUCUGAACGACCUCCCCGCCACAUCGGAAUGGACUCACGAUUUCGUCCAGGAGGUCGACUGCGUUGUCCCCUCUGCUUAA